AUGAAAUUAGGCUUUGAAAUACAGGACAUCGGGUAUCCCGAUAUUGCACAUGCAUCGCCGCCAGAGUUGUAUUUUCAUCAAGCUCAGCAUUUUCUUUUUCAAAAGAACUUAGACAUGGCUUUAAGGUGCUUUGACUUAGUUUGUCACUUAGCUCCGACAAAUCCAUCAUAUUGGAUUGCAUAUGCAGAGUGCUUAAAGCUGGCAAACUGUUCCAAUGACUCUUUAAGAGCCUAUUUAGCUGCUGCUUCAUUACAGAACUCCUCCGCUUUACAAGUAAUUAUAGGAUACCUUUAUGAAGAAUUGGGCUUUGACAAUGAAGCUCUACAAUCAUACGAUCAAAGUAUCUUGCUGGAUCCAUAUAAAUUUGAAGGGUAUAAUUAUAAAGGAAAUUUAUUACGGAAACUAAGGAAGCUACAAGAGGCUGUGGAAGUUUUUUGUACUGGAAUUAGAAUGGGCGGUAAAAAUGAGCAUCUGUAUAAUAAUCUUGGAAAUUGCUAUUUAGACUCAAAUUUGAUAAUAGAAGCUGAACAAUGCUAUAUCUCAGCAAUCUCAAUUGUCCCAGAAAUGGUUGCAGCGCACUGCAACUUAUCAAAUGUAUUAAAAGCACAAGGAAGGGUAUCAGAAGCAUUAGAUCAAUGCAAACAAGCAAUUUGUAUUGAUCCUUCUUAUUCUGAUGCUUAUGCUUGCAUGGGGAAUAUUUUGAAAGAUACACAUAAUAUUCAAGAAUGCUUGAUUUAUUACCAGCAAGCUUUGCAGCUAAAUCCUACCUCUGUGGUGAUUCUUAAUAACUUAGCAAAUGCAUUGAAGGAUAUAGGAGAUGUGCAUAAUGCAAUUAUUUGCUAUAAAAAAGCAUUAGAAAUUACUCCAUGGUUCCCAGAGGCAUAUUGCAAUUUGAUAUAUUCAAAGAUUUUUAUAUGUGACUGGGAAGAUCAGCAAAAUUCUUUUAUACAGAUGGCGAAGUAUAUAAAAUAUCAAGUGGAAAAUAAGCAAUUGCCAAGCGUACAGCCUUUUCACGCAAUUAUUUAUCCAUUGGCACCUGAAGAUAAAUUGACAUUGUCAAGAAAAUACGCAGAGCAUGCUCAGUCAUUGGUAUCAGGAUACUCGAUUUUCCCAAAAUCUCAGCCUAAUGAAGGAAAAAUCAGAAUUGGGUACGUUUCAAGCGACUUUGGAGAUCACCCUUUGAGCCAUUUACUACAAAGCAUUUUUAAGUUCCACAAUAGACAAUAUUUUGAAGUUUAUGGGUUUGCUUUAAGUCCAAACGACAAGUCUGAAUAUCGACGGAUAGUAGAAGCUGGAUGUGAUGAAUUUAUUGAUAUAUCUGGAAUCGAUGAUCCUUAUAAAGCAGCACAAGUUAUAAACCAAUAUAAUAUUGAUAUUUUAGUUAACUUGAACGGAUAUACAAAAGGCUCUCGAAAUGAAAUUUUUGCCUUAAAGCCUGGCAGAGUGCAAGCACAAUUUAUGGGAUUUCCAGGAACUUUAGGUGCUGAUUACAUACCCUAUAUGAUCACUGACAAAUCUGUUUGCCCUCCUGCAUAUACACAUUAUUAUUCUGAAAAGAUGAUCUGGAUGCCACAUAGCUAUUUCGCAAAUGACCACGCCCAGUCCAAUCGUGACGUCUUAGAUCUUUCAAACCGUCCUACUCGGCAAGAAUACGGUCUUCCUGACGAUAAAUUUAUUUUCGCUAACUUUAAUCAGCUCUAUAAAAUAGACCCAGAUACCUUUGCUAUAUGGAUGAAUAUACUUAAACGAACACCCAACAGUGUGCUAUGGCUUUUAAGGUUUCCUUCAGUUGGUGAAGCUAAUAUAAGAAAAUAUGCCUCCGAUUACGGCAUAGAGCAGUCAAGAAUUAUUUUUACAGAUGUAGCUCAGAAGAGAGUACACAUAAACAGAUGCUUUUUAGCUGACUUAUGCUUGGAUACCCCUCUAUACAAUGGGCACACAACCGGCUGUGAUUUAUUAUGAAGUGGCUUACCGAUGGUAACAUUUCCUCUUACUCCCCUCAGCGAGCUAACAAAACCAUUGAAAAAUCAUAAUUUUUGGCUCUGUGAACGAUCGAAAUUUUAUUUGUUCGCUCACUGAGGGGGAGAGUUAAAACAAUGGCUUCAAGGGUCGCAUCAGGCCUUGUCACAGCAUUAGAAUGCCCAGAAAUGAUUGCAAGCUCUCCGUCAAACUAUGAAGAAAAAGCAGUUCAAUACGCAAAUGGACCAGUUGUAAGCCAAAUUGAAAGCACCUUACCAAAGCACAUUAGAAGUAGAUUAGGCUCAAGUGAGCUUAAACUUUUACGUUGUAAAAUAGAACACAAAAGAUUGACAGCGCCUCUCUUCAACACUGAGAUGUGGGUCAGAAAUCUUGAAAAAGGUUUAAAAGAAGUCAUGAAAAUUGAAUUAGAAAAUGGAAGUCAUUCAAAUAUUGAAAUUGUUCCAUAG